UUUUAUUUACCCUAACCAAAAAAAAAAACGAUGGACCGUAACAAUCGAUUCUCACCUUACGACAGAGCACCUCCAAGGCAACAAGGAAACCAACAGUAUGGAGGAAAUAACCAACAAUUUCGACGUGAUGACUAUGGAGGAGGAGGAGGAGGCGGUAGUAGUGGUGGCGGCGGCGGAAGAGGAAGAGGCGGCGGAAGAAGAGGGGGUGGAGCCAUGAGAGACAAUCAUAGAGGAAGACGUGGUCAUCAUAAUAAUAAUAAUAAUAAUAAUGAUAAUAAUGAGCGCUAUAAUGACAAUGGAAGACCACCAUUCAAUAAGAGGCCUGAAAGACCCAUGUACGGCGGUGGCAAUGGUGGAAACAACUUUCAUAAAGCUAAGAAUGAGUAUCAAGAAGAAAGCAAUCAACAAUAUGGUUAUGAAGACUACGAUGAAAGUGCUCGUUUGCCUCCUCAUAUUGAAACAAGAAUUGCCAGAGAAAAGCCUUGCAGAACAUUAUUUGUAAGAAAUGUUCAGUAUACAAUUCCUGAGUCUGAAGUCAGAUCUUUAUUUGAAAAAUAUGGCGAGGUUAAAGAUGUCUUCAAUUUGAUUGAAAAUAGAGGAAUGAUAUUUGUCACUUUUUAUGAUGUUCGCGCUGCUGAGGAUGCGAAAGAAGCCAUGCAAGGAAUCUUUUUGAGUGAGAGAAAGAUAGAUGUUCAUUAUUCAUUGCCUAAAGAGGAAGAGGAAAAGGCCAGAUGCGAUAGAACAAAGAACCAGGGUACUUUGCUUUACACACUCAAAAAUACCAAUGCUGAAUUAGAUGAUUAUGAGCUGAAUGCUUACUUCUCUCAAUAUGGUGAAGUAAAGGCUAUUCGUGUACCCCACUUUAAGAAAACAUCUGCAAACACACCUAGCCAUUUUGAGAGAAACCAACAACGUCUUGUUGAAUUUUACGAUUCAAGAGCUUGUGUUGAUGCAUAUGAUGCUACUGUGGAUAAUGAAUAUAAAGGAGGUAAAUGGGAUGUUGCCUUCUUCUGGGAUCAUCCUUACAGGGAACGGGCUAAUGCUAAUCAACGAAGAGAAAGAAAUUUUGAUAGGGAUGCUCGCGAUGAUCAUCGUGGUCCCCCAGCUGGAGGCAGACGUCGUAGUGACGUUUCGACUCAAGUUAAAUAUGAGCCCCGUGAUCAUUAUGAUAAUUUCAAUUCAGAGCCCAUAAAUAACAAUCGUGGUUCCUAUGGCCAACAUCAACAGCAACAACAGCCACAGCAAAUGGAUCCUAGAUUGUAUAAUCCUCAACAACAUAUACCUGUUCAAUUGCCCUUACAGACGGCACCUCAAUUAGAGCAGGCACAGAAAGCUCAACAGAUUUUAUCCAUGUUAACCCAUGGCCAACAACAACAGCAGCAGCAGCAGCAACAGCAGCAACAGCAGCAACAACAACAACAGCCUAUAUCUCCAUAUCAGCAAAAUCUUACCUCGCCUUCUGUACCUACGCAACCACAUUUAUUGCAGCAACCAUUUGUACAGCCUGUUCCUCCUACAGAGGAUCAAGCAUCUCAAGUCCAACAGUUGUUGGGUUUAUUGAGUCAGGCUGCAGCACAGCAACAGGCAGCACAACAACAGCAACUGCAACAGCAGCAACAACUAGUUCAGCAGCAUAUUUCACCACCCAUUCAUAGCCAAGGUGUAGCACCUAUUCCAGGUAUGGAUCCUGCCACCGCCUUGAGUCAAUUAGCUGCUUUACUUCAACAGCAACAUGAAUCUCCUCAGCUUCAAAAUCAGAACCAAAACCAAUAAGUCAAUGAGUUCUUUAGAAAAUCCAAAAAAAAAAAAAAAAAACCCUAUUAUCAUUUUUUUAUUAUGAGUCCACCCAUCUUUUUUUUUUUUUUAAAAAAAAAAAACCCAAAAAAUCACAUGUAUAAAAUCCAUGAUCAUUACACAUUAUAA